UCUUGUGAAAGUCUGAUUGAAACAGAUUGUAGUACUCCAGCUACGGGCUGCGAUGGCAACUGAGCGGACAGGACAGCAAGUUUUACUAUUCAGUUAGACGAGUUACACGUCAAGAGGAAGUUGGAUGCUUUCGUUGAACGACAUCUGAUGUGAGAAGCAGGGUGAUCGUAAACCCUUUUAACUGAAAAAUGUCCCAGGGAUGUACAGUUUCUGUGGAGGAGAUCCAGUCUUGGUGGGAAGUCCCCGCCAUAGCUCACUUCUGCUCGCUCUUCAGGACAGCGUUCAACUUACCAGACUUUGAAAUUGAGGAGCUGGAGCAUGCCUUGCUGAGCCAGGACCGAGACUUCCUCUCCGACCUCGUGUGCUGUCUGCUGCAGGGAUGUUACCAGCGAAACGACAUCACGUCUCAGGCCUACAGUGGUUACCUGGACGACAUCAUCAGCUACCGCUGGGAGCUGGAGGAGGGCAAGCCUAACCCCCUGAAAGAGGGCUCCUUCGAGGAGCUCACAGUGCGCACACAGGUCGAGCUCCUCCACAGGCUAUGUGACUACCGCUUGGACGCUCCUGAUGUCUUUGACCUGCUAAAGGGACUGGAUGCAGACAGUUUGCGCGUCGAGCCUCUGGGGCGAGAUGGAAAUGGUGCCCGUUACUGGUACUUUUACGGUACUCGGAUGUACAAAGAAGAGCCUGUGAAAACGAAGCUGUCUGAGCUCUGUGAGACUUCUGAAAUGAAAUUACCAGAGAGGAAACGCAGAGGAAGACCACCGAAGAGAAAGCCUGAGGAGACCCUACCUGUUGAGGUGGAGGCUCUGACUGUGGAGGAAGAUGGAGAGCAGGGUGUGCAGUUGGGUAAAGAGCGUGAACGCGGGGCCUGGUCUCUGGUUUGUGACACUGAGGAACAGUGGGCCAGGCUGGCUGAGAGCAUUAAGGACAAAAGCUCUCCUCAGGACCGCCACCUGUACCGCAUCAUCACCCAGAACUUCCUGCCUGAGAUCAGCAGCAUGAUUGAACACAGGGAGCGAGAGCAGCAGAAGAAGCUGUCGAAUCCUCCGGUGCGUAACUCCCAGCGCCUGUCUGAGAAAUGCAUCAGCAGAGAUGAGGAUGAGAACCUGAAGGCCAUUUAUGAGGUGGAUCUGAAGCAAAGAGAGGAGGACCUGGACAGACAGGUUCUCCUUGCAGAGCAGCGGCGGGAAGAGGAGCGGCUCCUCCGAGAGGAGAGAGAGCGUGAGGAGCUGGAGCGGGCCAAAGCAGCCGAGGAGCGCGCGAGGAGGAGGAAGCAGCGAGAGGAGAGGGCCUGGCUCCUAUCACAGGGGAAGGAGCUUCCUGCCGAGCUGCUCCACCUGGAGCCUCAUUCCCCCGUUCACCGCACUCGCCACACCAAGGAGCUUUACGACAUUGAUGACGAUUAUGCCGCUUUGUACAAAGUGCUGGAGGCUCUGAAGGCUCACAAAGAUGCCUGGCCCUUCAUGGAGCCUGUGGAUGAAUCCUAUGCCCCGAACUAUCAUGACAUCAUUCAGACUCCAAUGGAUCUGUCCACCAUUGAGAGAAAGCUAAAUGAAGGAGAAUAUGUUGCCAAGGAGGAGUUUGUGGCAGAUGUGAAGCUCAUGUUUGAGAACUGCCUGGAGUACAAUGGGGAAGAGAGUGAGUACACAAUAAUGGCGGAGUCCCUGGAGCGCUGUUUCAGCAGGGCUCUGUUGAAACACUUCCCCUCUGAGGAUGGCGACACUGACGAGGAGUUUCAUGUGAGUGCCAAGGACGACCGUGAGCGCAAGGAGAAGAAGAAGGGCAAGGGCAGCCGGCACUCUGGGCCCGAGAGCCUGAUCCGGGCCACUGAACAGGUGCAGAAACGUAAAGUGCCCAGCAGCUUUAAAGGAGGCAGCUCUCUCCAAGAAAAUGGACCCAAGCUUGCUCCUCUACCCCCGGCAUUCCACGGGUCUUCGCACACCCAGAAUGUUCUGUCUCGAUCCGGGAAUGACCCACGGGCUGCUACGUACCACCCUGCCCAACAGCUCCAGCGGCCUCCUGGUCUUCCAGCACCAGGUAUGUAUGGCCAGCGUAUGAUGAUGGACCAUCGAUACCCAUACCCAGGCCAGAGAACUCUCAUGCCUGGUGGCCCAGGAGAGCACACAUCCCAGCGCAUGCCUCAUUACAACAUGCAGGGUCCAUCUGUAAAUGGUCCACACCUUGGUCCCCAAUACAGAAUAGGACCUGAAGCACGACACCUUCAGCCUCAACAUCAGCAGCAUUCUUACAUUGGACCCACUCAUGGCCCGUCUUUGGGCCCAAGACCGAUGGCCUUACAGUCUGGAGGCCUGUGUACCCCUCCAUCCGAGGGCAACAUGUUCCCGCCUCGCCAACACCCUGAUGGGCAACCCAUGCACCCCAUGGGGAACAACUUCCCUAGACCCGGUGUACCCAUGCACAACUCCUACACGCCCUAUGGACCUCACCCAGCUUCCUACAAUGCUUGGCCCAGCACACAUCAUCAGGCACAGCAGCAGCCUGGAGGGUCUAUGAUGCAGGAGCAGCCUAUGAGCAGUCAGCACCCUUAUGGUCAUGGUAUGAUGCGACCCCCGCACAACACUGGAUAUCCCCCGGCUAACGGCCCUUACAGGAUGUCUGCGGUCAGCUCACCGGGGCCCAUGGUGCCCCGCCCUCCCAUGACCCCUCAAGACUCCAGGCCACAUGUGGGCUCCAUGAUGGACAGCCCAGAGAUGAUCGCCCUGCAGCAGCUGUCGGCCUCGUCGUCCCGACGCAGUGUGGGCCCCUAUCAGCCUCCUCAAGCAAGCAAUGCCAGCACUGCAAAUGCACCUGAGAACCAGCACUCCAGGCCUGGUGGAGAUGCCGCAGAAAGCCAAGUUGCAGACAGAGUGCCCAAAGGUUCAGGCCUUGAUUUGGCAGCUAAACAUCCGAAUGAGGUGCCCAAUGGUCCACCUCGCCUUGUCCCUGCUGAACAGUCAGAACCACCCAAUAGGGUCCAGCAGAGUCCCAUUGACCCAGAGUGGGGGAGAUCUCCUCCUAGCAACACCUUAGCCGAGCUGCCUCCAGGUGUGCUGUCCACACCAAAAAAAGACCUGCCCCAACUGAAGGGAGAUGACCAUGGACAAAUAAUUCUCUCAGUGCCCAACAGCAGUCCCCAGGCCACUUGCCAAAAUGGCACACAAUCAGAUUCCCAGUUGCAGAAGUCUCGGGAUUCCUCUUUGCUCUCUUCCUAUAAUGAUUCUGCGGAGGUUCCUCAGAAAGCCCCAGAAGAAAUGCCCCGGCAUCCCUCUCAACAAAUGCCUCCAACUGCCCUUCCACAGUUCUCCCAACAUGGCCUUUCACACUUGCCCCAAAGUAUUGCUCAUCAAUUGUUACCGAGUCCCCCUCAGCAAGCUCAUCAGGAUAUGUACUCUCACAAUAGACCUGCACACAUGUCUCCCAACACCCCUCAACAGAUGCCCCUGAACGGACCAGUCCAAGGCCCGCAGGCUGGUCCUGUCCAUGGCAUGCCGCAGACUGUGCCUCAGGGCUCCCAGCCUGGAGCUCAGCAGCCAGCCACCUUCACCUCUCUGCCUCCAAGUCACCCUGUAUCCCAGCCACUUGCUCAGCCCUCCACUGCUGACCGAGGAGACCAAAGGCCCAGUGAACCCUACUUGAACCUGGGGGGCAGCAACCCGGACACCAGUGCUGCUCCUACCAAUUCCAGCGGUUACUACAAAGGGCAACCUUUCAGUCCAGAUUCACAGACCCAGACGAGCAGGCCAGAGAUACCCCUGCCCCAUGGACAGACGCCAGCAAGCCACGCUCAUGGUUCAGAGAGCAACUCUGUGGCUCAGUAUGGCAUGGGAACUCCGGCGCCCCCACAUUACGGCCAAUAUGUGGGCAUACCACCACCUCCCUCUGGCCGCCUGCCCUACCCGCCACCUCAGUCUAUGAGCCCUCAUCACAAUCCUUACCCUCCCUAUCAUCAGCAAGGUGGUACAUAUCAGUAUCGUGUGGGUCCCCAGCACCCUCAAGCUCAUCCCAGUAUGCAUGCUCCUUUCCAGCACCAGCAGCAGUACUAUACUCUGCAACAGCAGAAUGCUAGGCCUGGUUUUUCAGCUGGAGAGUGGCCUAGACCUCAGUACCCACUUCGCCACCCCACAAUGCCCAACUCUUACCCGACCGCAGCAGGUGUCGGUGUCAAUGGUCGGCAGAGGGAGAAUACCAUGUCACCUCUGGGCUCGGAGGGCUCUGGUGGCAGUCUGAUGUCCCCAAGUCCUCUCCCUGACGGGCCACAGGGCAGCUCUGCCGAGAGUCGGGAUGGUGGCAGCCCGGCGAAACAGGCCCGGAUGGAGGACGGUUCUGACCGGCCUGAAAGCCCUAAAGAGCUCCUGGAUCUGGACAGUCACAACGCGGCGAACCGCCGUCGCACUUCUGCCCAGCCCGUGCACCACUACCCCUAUGACCCGAGAGCCAUGCAUCCUAGCAUGCAGCAGGGCGGUGCUCCCCCACCCCACAUCAUGCCUGGUGGGCCAUACACUAGACCACAGCACCCCAGUGGACAUUUUGCCCCUCAGCAUCCCCACCCACACCUGAUGGAGGCCCUGCAGCGACCCCAGCACCUGUCUUUUCCCCCCAACCAGACCCGCAUGGCCAUGUACACACACGGCCAGGCUGCAGGUCACUUCCAUGGCAUGAUGGUACCCCAGAGAAGCAUGGUGCCCGAACAUUUAUUUCAUCCCAGGCAGCACAUGAGAGGUGCAGCAGCUCCCAGUGGACCUGGCAGUAAACGGGGAGUGUGAAAGAACAGCAGUAAGUGCCGCUUUGGCUGGAUUGGAUGCCAUCCUACAGUGACGGGUGAGCGCCGCAGGCCUCGAUGGCAACUGCUGAAGAGCAUGGAAAUUUACACUCUGCUUCGUGCUCAUCUACUAUUGGACCUCCCUGUUGAAACCUGUUCAGAACUGCAGCUGGCUCACUGUACAUAUGGUCUUUUCUUGUGAGAGCCCAGGACUGCAAGAAAACUGCACUUUGUUGGCAUGAAGCCUCCGUCUGACCUCUUUCCUGUAGGAACUACAGCCCCCAGGCUCCCUUGCUUGCACAUCUAAAAGGAAAGUGAUCAGAAACGGGAUGUCACCCCUGAGAAGCUUGAGGGGUCAUAAGUUAACUUGGUGUUCUUUUCCAAAGUUAAACUCAGGUGUUGAAGGCACUUGUAGACUGUAAAAAGUCCUCAAGAGGCUUCCAAUCCCCAUUGACACACUGGAAACUGUGUUGCCUUUUGCAUUUUCAUUGAAUGGUGUGUGUAGUUGUCUGUGUGGGUGGCAGUGUGUCUGUGUGUGUGAGAGAGCUAUAUUAGAUUUACUAAAAUGAUAGCAUAAGGGGGCACUGAGAGGAUCACCUGUUCUGUAGGAAUACAGCCCAUCUGGACCAGUGGUCUUGGCUCAAGUAGCCAUCUCCAUCUGAACUGUACCAGAAUUUUCAUCUGCUUCUGAUGUGUUAUGCAUCAUUCAACUCUGCCUUUGCUCGAAGAAUGUGUUUGACUUCCUGGACUCACAGAGAACCUAGCUGCUCCUGUUCAUAUGCACUAGAGAUAGUCUUUAAUACUGGAAAUAGUGGCCUUGGACUUCAAGUAGAUGUGUGCUACUAUGUAUAUAUGAUUCUAUAUCACAUCUCUUAUCUGAGAUUUCCCCCACUGAUCUCUGAGCUGUAAUGCAUGUUUUGUGAAUCACUUCAUGUGUCCUGCUAGUUUAUAUAUUCCUCAGAAUGAAAAGGGGUUUUUAAAGUGUGAAAGACUCACUCACUCUUAAACUUUUUGUAAUGUAUAAUAAUUUGGGGUUCCUUCACCUGUCUCAAAAACCUUCACGUAGAAGGAAGUUGUGAGUUUAAGUUUAAACAGCUUCUUUCAGAAAAGAGUGUCUCAUGUACAACUGUGAACGCAGUUGGCACACCCAUGGGGAUGUUUAGGACAGAGUUGAAUAGGAAAUGAUUUUAUAUUUUGGUGCUUCCUCUUUCACAGUUCAGUGUGAUGUACUGUACGAGCUCAGGGUGUCGUGCUUUUAAUACGGGUAUUAGCAAAUUAAUUAUUCAGAGGGACAUGACAUUGGCAAGAAAACAAGAUUGGAACUGUGACAAUGAAUUGACCUUGAUUUUACCUGAAGGCAGUUUUUAAAUAACUUUAAUUACACUAUAAACAAUUUAAAUGUUUAAGUGUUUUUAUUUACAGCUUUUUGUGUGCAAGAAACAAAGAAAUGCUGUCAUCAAACUUAAUUGGAUACGAGUCUUUAUUAUUAUGUAUUUUUGAGUUGUUUUUUUCUAGGCAACAUAGGAGUUGGCAUUCCUAUCUGUUCUCACUGAUUCAUGUGACAGCUGCCCUAACUUGUGCAUCAUGCCAGAUUUUUUUUUUUUUUUUUUUUUUUUUUUUUUUUUACUGGGCAUUAAAAUUUGACAGCUCUUUGCCGAUUACUGCAAAUAUAUCUACCUCAUAAAUGUAGAGUCUGGCGUGCUUGGCGCAGCCUCCCCCCCCCCACUUUAAAAAAAAAUUGAUAUUAAAUAAACACUGCAUAAGCCUUAAUUUUUCUAAUCAGGAGCAAAACCUAACUGCGUCAUUACACCAGUGGCAAGUUUGAACAUGGCUUUCUUAACCUGUUGUGUGCAUUCCUCAUGUUGAACGUUGGCAUGAUUCACAGCUGCAUCUGAGAGAACAGGAAUGUCCUUGUUCCAGCUGUGGAGCUGAUGACUGCAAGCUCACUGCCACCACUACAAGGUUUUAGCAAAUUUAGGACCAGAUCUAAUGGAAGGACUUCACGUCGAUCAUGAGCCCAGCCAUCAGAAGCUCCGCGUGCAGUCAUGUCUAACUUGGCUCCGCCGCCGAGCCUUGUGGUUCUGCAUACAUGUAGUGUGUCUGCCAAUGAUGUUCAUGCAUGGCAAAAGGGGAGAGAGACGGCAGAACAAAUUUCUAGCAGCUCUGGGCUAGCCUAAGCAUCACCCUGCAUUACUGUGCCAGCCUUUCUGGCCUCGAUAGGGAAUCAUCAUUUUAGCAGUAGACGAGAUGUUCUCUGAGAUGUACUCUCAUGUGAUAGGUUGAGCUAGUUUUUAUUGCCUAUGAGGUUGUGAAUUUUGCUGUGUACAGAUUUGUUUUUGUACUUGUGUCUGGGACUGAUUGGCAUUUACUGAUUGUGUCAUCCCCCACUAUCCGCUGUCGGUCUUUCUGUCUACACUAGUGAAAUUACUAUAGUUGGUUAAAUAUAAAUCAUAUUUAUUUGUUGUUGUUUUACAAUUUUGUGUAUUGUUUUGGGCUUGUUUUUAUAUAAUUGUUUCUUUUUCUUUUCUUCCUUUUUUUUUUUUUAAACAGUUGACAAUACCUCAGUAGCACAACAGCAUCAAAAAGACUCUUGUAUGUUUCAUUUUAAUGUGAAGUUUACAAGUUCUUAUCUGACUGACAGAUUAUUUUGGAAAUGGACCGAAGUGUUUUCUAUAAUGUACGUUUCUUAGAAUAAAUUAACUUCAUGGAG